AUGACUACAUUAUAUUUAAACGACUUUUGGGUCGCUCGGUUUUUCUUCAUUCUCUUAAGUUAUGGAACUAUUUCGAUUCCUGUAGUUCUCCUGGUUUUUUAUGUUCGCCGAAAAACUACCGAAGAUGGUUUCGAGCCUACAACACUUUUCCGUUCAUUUCUACACAGGUUUGCUCUUGGAAAACCUGAAUAUGAAUUGAUGGUUUCUGACUCUGUAAAAUUGACUUCAGUCGUUUCGCAAAAAAGGAAUCUCCGCAGUGAUUCUUUCUAUCUUAUUUUAUGUUUUUCAAGUCUUCAAGCCACUCUUGUUUCAAUGGGUUAUAUCCAAGAACGGAUUAUGACACAGGCCUACUUAUCAACUGUGGAUAAUCAACUAAACAAAUUUGAAAAUACACAGUUUCUUGUUUUUAUGAAUCGUGUUUUUGCUAUUAUCCUAUGUGCAGCUUACUUGGUUUCGAACUGGAAAAGAGAACCGCCUCAUGUUCCACCGUUUUACAAGCAUUCGUUUACGUCAUUUUCCAAUACACUUUCAUCGUGGUGCCAAUACGAGGCACUAAAAUACGUUUCAUUUCCAACUCAGAUAGUAUGCAAAGCAUCGAAAGUGUUGCCAACGAUGUUGAUGGGUUUCAUUGUUAGAGGUGAGCGUUAUGGAUAUGGCGAAUGUGCUUGUGCUAUUGUGCUUGCGUUUGGAGCGUCGUCGUUUCUUCUGUCGAACAACUCUAAGGGGCUUGGAUCUUAUGCAAUUUUAUCUUCUGAUCGUGUGACUACUGUUUCGGGGAUUUGUUUGAUGUCUGGUUAUCUCUUAUUUGAUGCUUUUACUUUGAAUUGGCAAAGGAAACUAUUUGAUGUCCGUCCACGAGUUUCCAGAUACCAG